AAGAGACACUUUCCCCGUAUUGCUCAAUUUACACAUCAAAAUGGCGUUCCAAUGCUGGCUGAGGAUAGGCCUUUGGACUAUCGUGGUAAAGUCGUCGAAGGUUUCACAAAAAUCUACCCUCCUGGACGUGAACCUAAAUAUCCAGGAUGGUUGUCAUUUGAUAAGCAAAUGUUGACUUUCCACGCAUAUUUUAAGGAGUCACUAGAAGAAGUGAAUCAAGCUCCUUACCAAGUCAGGCAUGUGAAAAUUUAUUACUUCCUGGAGGACGACACUGUGCAAGUGGUGGAGCCACAAGUUCUUAACUCAGGUAUUCCCCAAGGAUGCUUGGUGUCAAGGCAGCGAAUUCCGCAUGCUGCCCCUUGUACUAAUGAUUUCAUCACAUUGCUGGAUUUGAAUGUGGAUAAAACAGUACGCAUCUAUGACCGAGUGUACCACAUAACGGGCUGCGACAAGUUUACUCGUCACUUCUUAAACCGAGCAGGAAUCUCUGUACCCGAUGAAAUACCCAGUCCUCUAGAUCCAUUCACAGAAAUGCGUAAACGAAAACUUACGGGGGCACAUGCGAAAAAACCAAAUCGUGUGGAAGAUACUCUAGGGCAGUUUCUCGCUUACGAUCGACAGAUAUUAAAAUUCGAUGCCUAUUGGAACGAUCGUUCAGAGUUUGGUGAAUUACGGAAAUUGCAACUUUACUAUUAUUUGGCUGAUGAUACCAUAGAAAUAAAGGAAAUAUACGCCCCAAACUCGGGUAGGGAUGGACCAGCUGUCUUCCUGAAAAGGAGCUUAUUACCUAAAGAAUGGAUAGGUUUGCCACAACCAGGUGGUGAUGCCCAGCCAACCAUCCUAAAUGUACUGGGUGGAGGACUUAGAGGAGGUCGCUUUAUGAUAGACGGACUAGAUAUGAAUAAUCGCAAGGAAAACUGUUAUAGAGACAACGAUCUCGUUAUAGGCGCCCAUAUUAAUGUUUACGGCCGGGACGUUGUUCUGGUCGACUGCGAUGCUUUCACAAAGAACUAUUACCGGAAAAAGUACGGAAUCGAACUAUUCAAUCCAGUCCCGUAUCCGCAAAAUUUCAAAAAAGAGUGCAUAGAUACCUCACAACGAGACCUGCCACCUUUCAAUGGUUGGGGGUCACAUAUUGAUUCCGAAGGCAACUGCAAGACCGUUGAGCCGAAGGCGCCACAGUUUGAUUUCAAAAAAUUUUUCAAAUACGAUCGUUGCGUAUUACGAUUUGGUGCAAAAAUGAUUUCCCCAAUUCCAGAAAAUUGCGACCGUGUGUUCAUUAUCUCUUAUUAUCUAGCGGACGACACUUUAUCUAUAUUCGAAUUGGCUAGUCGUAAUUCAGGAUUUUACGGGGGAGAAUUCUUUAAACGUGAUACAUUUUACUUGCCUGAUCAAGAGUGGUUCACCUCAAAACGCCCAGAAAUUUAUAAAGCUCAUCAUUUCUAUAUCGGCGCCAUGAGAAGAUUGAGAGAUCAUCUUUUUCGUAUUGUAACCGCUGACGAAUUCACCCUGUUAUAUAUGGAAAAUCAUCCCGCUAAUUUCCCUCUUUCUGAUGUAAAAACGAUACUGAAAAAAAUUCGCGAAACGCUGCAAACCAACUAUAAAGAAUUCAUACGAAAAAAAAUGGAAGGAGUUUGUACAAUGGAUCUCGAUGGCCAAAAAGUAUCACUUAUAUGUUUCGACAACGUUCGAAAUGCAUUGAUUGAGCUGCUUGGAGAAAGGAUAACUGAACAGGAGAUCAUUUCGCUUUGUCGUCACUUCUCUGCAGAAGAGAAACAUCCACCCAGUUGUAAACGGGAGCGUGUCAGGUCGGCAGCACAGCUUGCCAUAAAACGUGACCUUUGGGACUCCUUAGACCGUUUCAAGGAACUGAUUUACCAUUUCGAUCCAGCAAAACGAGGCUUUCUUCCAGAAAAUCGAGUUCGAUCGAUUAUUUUAGGAUGUCGUUUACCCUUUACUCCUGAAAUGAUUGACAAUAUAAUGGACGUACUAAAUCGCAACUCUGAUUGUGAAAUUGAAUUAUGUGAUCUUAUAAAUAUGAUCGAUGUAAGCAAUAACCCCGCACCUGCCAUAGCUCCGGUUAAUGUAGCAUUUGAACUUUGUCCUAAUAUCCCAUUUUCCAUGAGUGGAAGAAUGGUUAUAUGGGAUAGAUUGAUUGAGGGAAUAGGAUUAGAAAAAUCGAUGAUGGAAACUGAAUAGUAGAUGAAUUGAACAUUUUAUUUGUAUUGUGCCUAAUUUAGAUUGUAUAAAAAUGCUCGUCUAUGCAUAUUUUGUUAAUUAAAAUUUUGUGCAAUGGAAA